AUGGUUGCAACGCGCGACUCAAUACAUGACGCAACACUAGACACAACGCUGGUCACAACGCGAGACCCAACACUACACGCAACACUAGCCGCAAUGCCAGCAACAACGCGCCACUCAAUACUAGACACAACAGAUGAUGCAACGCUCGGCUUAACACAAGACGAAACACGUGACUCAACACUAGACUCAACAUUAUUCGCAACUGGCCACUCAACACAAGACACAACGCCAGCAACACGCCACCCAAAACUAGACACAACGCUGGUUGCAAAGCGCGACUCAACACUAGAUGCAGCACUAGCCACAACGCCAGCAGCAAUGCGCCACUCAAAACUAGACACAACGCUGGUCGCAAUGUGUGACUCAACACUAGACACAACGCUGGUCGCAACGAACGACUUAACUCUAGGCACAACGCUGGUCAUAAUGCGCCACUCAACACUGGACACAACAGAAGAUGCAACGCUCGACUUAACACUAGGCGCAAUGCUGGACGCAAAACGUGGCUCAACACUAGACGCAACACUGUCCGCAGCGCUCGGCUUAACACAAGGCGCAACGUGCGGCUCAACACUAGACACAACGCUGGUUGCAAUGCGCGACUCAACACAAGACACAACGCUCGUCGCAAAUGGCGACUCAACACUAGACGCAACACUAGACACGCUGGUUGCAAUGCUGGACGCAAAGCGUGGCUCAACGCUACACGCAACACUAUCCGCAACGCUCGGCGUAACAGAAGGCGCAACGCUCGACUCAACACUAGACAUAACGCUGGACGCAAUGCUGGAUGCAAAGCGUGGCUCAACACUAGACGCAACACUAGCCGCAGCGCUCGGCUUAACACAAGGCGCAACGCGCGACUCAACACUAGACACAACGCUGGUUGCCAUUCGCGGCUCAAUACUAGACACAAAGCUGGUCGCAACUGGCGACUCAACACUAGACGCAACACUAGACAUAACGCUGGACGCAAUUCUGGACGCAAACGGUGGCUCAACGCUACACGCAACACUAGCCGCAACGCUCGGCUUAACAGAAGGCGCAACGCGCGACUCAACACUAGACACAAAGCUGGUUGCAACUGGCGACGAAACACUAGACGCAACACUAAACACAACCCUGGACGCAAUGCGCCAGUCAACACUAAACACAACAGAAGAUGCAACACUAGACGCAACACUAGACACAACGCUGGACGCAAUGCUGGACGCAAAGCGUGGCUCAACACUAGACGCAACACUAGCCGCAACGGUCGGCUUAACACAAGGCGCAACGCGCGACUCAACACUAGACACAACGUUGGUUGCAAUGCGCGACUCAACACUAGACACAACGCUGGUCGCAACAAGCGACUCAACACUAGACACAACGCUGGUCGCAACCCGCGACUCAACACUAGACGCAACACUGGUCGCAACUGGCGACUCAACACUAGACACAACGCUGAUCGCAACGCGCGACUCAACACUAGACACAACGCUGAUCGCAACGCGCUACUCAACACUAGAAACAACGCUGGACGCAACGCGUGACUCAACACUAGCCGCAACACUAGAUGCAACGAGAGGCUCAAGACUAGAGUCAAUUCUAGACGCAAUGCACGACUCCACACUAGAGAACCUGAUCUGUGUAGUAAUGCAGUAUCAUGACAAACUCACUCUUGGGAUAACUCUGACGGAAUAA